CACCCGGAGCGGCCGCCGGGCGGGGACUUCCGGCUUGGGAGGAGCUGGGGGUCGAGGGCGGGGCCGUGUGGAGGAAGAAGCAGGCCAGGCCGGGCGGCGGCUCUCCAGGGCGAACCAUGGACAGCCAGGGCAGGAAGGUGGUAGUGUGCGACAACGGCACUGGGUUUGUGAAGUGUGGAUAUGCAGGCUCUAACUUUCCGGAACACAUCUUCCCAGCUUUGGUUGGAAGACCUAUUAUCAGAUCAACCACCAAAGUGGGAAACAUUGAAAUCAAGAAUAACAAAAAGAUGGAUCUUAUGGUCGGUGAUGAGGCAAGCGAGCUGCGCUCAAUGUUGGAAGUUAACUACCCUAUGGAGAAUGGCAUAGUACGGAAUUGGGAUGACAUGAAACACCUGUGGGACUACACAUUUGGACCAGAGAAACUCAGUAUAGACACCAGAAACUGCAAAAUUCUACUCACAGAGCCUCCCAUGAACCCAACCAAAAACAGGGAGAAGAUUGUAGAGGUAAUGUUUGAAACGUACCAGUUUUCUGGUGUGUAUGUAGCCAUCCAGGCAGUUCUGACUUUGUAUGCUCAAGGGUUACUGACUGGUGUAGUGGUGGACUCUGGAGAUGGGGUAACUCACAUUUGCCCAGUGUAUGAAGGCUUUUCUCUCCCUCACCUUACAAGGAGGCUGGACAUUGCUGGGAGGGAUAUCACCAGGUAUCUUAUCAAGCUGCUGCUGUUGCGAGGAUAUGCCUUCAACCAUUCUGCUGAUUUUGAGACAGUUCGCAUGAUUAAAGAAAAACUUUGUUAUGUGGGUUACAAUAUUGAGCAAGAGCAGAAGCUGGCCUUAGAGACCACAGUGUUGGUGGAGUCCUAUACACUUCCUGACGGGCGCAUUAUUAAAGUUGGAGGAGAAAGGUUUGAAGCACCCGAAGCCUUGUUCCAGCCACACUUGAUCAAUGUUGAGGGGGUUGGUGUUGCUGAGUUGCUUUUUAACACCAUCCAGGCUGCCGACAUCGAUACCAGAUCUGAAUUUUACAAGCACAUUGUGCUUUCUGGAGGCUCUACCAUGUAUCCUGGUCUGCCAUCAAGGUUGGAACGCGAGCUUAAACAACUUUACUUAGAACGAGUUCUAAAAGGAGAUGUGGAAAAACUUUCUAAAUUUAAGAUCCGAAUUGAAGAUCCACCCCGUAGAAAGCACAUGGUGUUCUUGGGUGGCGCAGUCCUAGCAGACAUCAUGAAAGACAAAGACAACUUCUGGAUGACCAGACAAGAAUACCAAGAAAAGGGUGUCCGUGUGCUGGAGAAACUUGGUGUGACUGUUCGAUAAAAUGCCAGGCUUGUUCCCAUCAUGCCUCUAAUGCAUUUUUCUUUUUCUCUUUUUUAAAAACAUUUUUCUUUAUUGCCAAUCUUUGAACUCAUCCAGCUCCAGGACUGAAAGAGGCCUCUGUCCCCUUUGACAGGAAGGGUCAAAUUUUAUUCUCUGUCCAGGGGAAGCAUUGUUAAAUUCUGUUAAUGUGUGUAAGGCUGGUUGUUAAAUGCAGCCAGUUCC